UUUAUUUAUUCCUAACCUAUUCGCCCUCCUCCCUCCCACGGUUGUCCACAAUUUUACAGAGUCCAAAGCACCUCCGUCUCCGUCAUCAUCACCACCGCUUCACCGAACUAUCCCUUCGUCUCACCGUUCAUUCCUCCGCCGCUUCCGAUAGUAUAUGCACCAAUAGUGCUGGAGUCGUAACAAAGACACUGUUAAAUAGACUAUUACAAACCCUCUCUCUCGAUCACUCACUUUCUUCUUCCUCUUUCAACUCAGAAAGAAACACCUCAUAACAAUAUUUUCCACUCCGCACAAUAUUUUGUGUAAGAUCCAUUGUACAAGAUUUGACAAGGUAGUUGUAAUGGUGGGAGGCGGUAGAAUCAAGCUGAAGACAUGGCAGCAGGCGGCCGUGGCAUUGGGUUCGGCAGUUGGGGCGCUUUUAGAUCCUCGAAGAGCUGAUUUGAUAGCUGCUCUUGGUGAAACAACUGGAAAGCCUGCUUUUGAAAGAGUUCUUCAAAGGAUGAAAACUUCCCCUGAAGGGAGGGCAGUACUGUUGGAGCGCCCUCGUGUUAUAUUUGCAAAUGUAGGACAUGCUUGGGACCUGCCAGAAAAUACAUUUGGUGCCGCCUAUGCUAGAUUUAUGGGAUCCAGGAACUUUUCGCCAGAUGAUCGACCUCCUGUGAGGUUCAUGGAUACAGAUGAGCUGGCCUAUGUUGCCAUGCGAGCUCGUGAAGUCCAUGAUUUCUGGCAUACUCUUUUUGACCUUCCUACUAACUUGAUUGGGGAGUCGGCACUGAAGGUAAUUGAGUUUCGACAGAUGUAUCUUCCUAUGUGCAUGAUGUCUGUCAUAGGGGGCACAACAAGAUUCAGCGAAAAACAGAGAAAAUUGUUUUAUCAGCACUACUUUCCCUGGGCUGUUCGUGCUGGCACGCAGUGCACUGAUCUCAUGUGUGUAUAUUAUGAGCAGCAUUUUCAUGAAGAUUUGGAAGAUGUUCGCAGAAAACUGGGAAUUGUUCCGGUUCCUCCUGUUCCUUGACUAAAUGCUUUUGAAGCUGAUGAGUUGUAUUGUUAAUUUUCUGGGUAAUAGUCGUAUGGUAGAAUAAUUCAAUCAAUUUUUUUCUUAAUAAUAUCCAGUGUAACAGUUGUCUCUGAUAUUUAGUCAGUGAGAUUUGUAUAGGUUGGAUUUUAUCAAUGACUUGUAUAUCAUGAUCAAUUAAAUAUACUUUCAAACACAAGUUAAGUUUUAUAAUCCUUCUUUGCUAUAGUGUUCAACCAAUAUAAUUGUAACCAAUGAAUUUUCUAUAUGACCGGCUAAUGAGAGGAUGGGUAAUUUUGUUUGGAUGUCCAUAGGAAGAUAUAUAAUCCAAAGAAAUGUAUAUGAUGCACAAAUACACAAAUGGCCUCCGAAUUACCCUCGGUCCAUCUCUUUUUUGGAGCGGCAAUUCGGAGACCAUUUGUGUAUCUGUGCAUCAUAUACAUUUCUUUGGAUACGCGUAUGCCUCUUUGUUACUUCACGUACUCCCAGUCCUCCCUGAGAUACAUGUAUGCCUCACUCUUCUUAAUUGUGAAUGGUUUCAUGUCGUUGGAUAAAGACAAUGGUCACAAUGACAGUUUUCUUAAGAAAGACCACCACGAUAAGAGUUCUCCGUUGAAGGUAAUUAUCAUGUCUGCAAGUCUUGAUGCCUGCACUUUUUCUGAGUACUUUGGUGGUGCUAAAGCUGUUCACAUCCAAGGGAGACAGUUCCCGGUAGAUAUAUUUUAUACUCGCCAUGCAGAAACAGACUAUCUAGAUGCUGCCUUGAUAACGAUUUUCCAGGUUCAUUUAGGGGAGGCCCCGGUGAUAUAUUAGUAUUUCUUAAUGGGCAAGAAGAUAUUGAAGCUGUUGAAAGGCUUAUCAAUGAGCGUCUUACAAAGAUACCUGAAGGAAGUCGGAAGCUUCUAGUUGUGCCUAUAUUUGCAGCUCUUCCAUCUGAGCAGCAAAUGCAAGCCUUUGCACCAGCUCCAUCUGAAUUACGCAAGGUUUUUAUUCAUUCUCUUGAAGCACUCUGUUUCAUCUGAUCAUGUUAAUUUGAAGUAAUUGCUGGUUCCUGGUUGCCUCAUUUAGGGUCUCAGCGUGUUUAGAAGAUAUGAUCAUGCUUUGAUAUUGCUUAUUCCUUGAUAUGCAAGUUUCAUCAUCGGAAGUUCUCUUGGACACAUAUGACUUGUAUAAUGAUCAUCUUUUGUUAAACCUGGUAUCAGAAUUAGAGAGAAAGAUACGAAAAAUGAAAAUUUCAAAAGAAUGGUUCUUGAAUUGAUAACAAUAUACACCCCUGGCCAGUAUAUGCUGUGGUGGAUACAGCACCCUUGUUCAAGUACCUGCAAAAACAGUGUCUGCUAGGACCAUAGUAUUUUCCACACUUGAGGCUCACCUAUUUAAUUUGAGCUUAUAACAAUAACACCAAUCAAGCCUGUAGUGUGAGCUUAUGUGUAUUUUAAGUAACUCUAAUAUUUUUAUCAUAUCAGGUAAUCACUCGUCUUAGAUUGUAAUCACUCGUCACCUAUUUAAUUCCUGGACUUGUAAAAGCACGUUCCUAUGACCCUGGGAAUGGCAUGGAAUCUUUGAUUGUAGUACCUACAUCCAAGUCCCAGGCUUUGCAAAGAAGGUAUGGUGCUGGAUUAUGUUUCAGUCUGUUUGGUGUUUGAUGUUCAAUUGUUGCUGCAAUUAUUGGUUGAGUUAAUUUAGUUAAUGUAAUGAAAAUGAAGUAAGUUUGGUUCAGUUUAA